CCGGUCUGUAAAUACCCAAAGGUGACACCCGAAUCCCGGGUUAGCGACACCCGAUUCCCCGGCUAACCCUCCAAAUUCUGCCUGGUCGAUCGGCGCGGUCAUUGAUCUUCGAAAUGAAGAACACUCAGCAGCAAUGUUAGAGUCCCUCAUCAACCUUCAACAAUUUUCCAACCCGGUCAACAUCGUCUUGUCGAUAGCACUAGUCUAUCGAUUGUACAAAUUGAUACCUUCAUUUCGUUUCGAUGAGUUGAACAUCAACGAGAAUGACGAAAACAAUCCGAAAGCAACUUUAACCGAGAGCGCAAUCGAAUACCAUCGGAGGCCUACGAAAUUUCCUGAGACUCUGGUAUGGAGGACCUAUACCCCCUUGGAACUACAGCAUUUCGAUGGAAAUAAUGGCAGCAAAAUUUUGUUUGCCGUAAAUCGAGUGGUUUAUGAUGUAUCAUCUGGAAGAAACUUUUACGGUCCAGACGGACCUUACGGUAAUUUUGCAGGAAGGGACGCAUCUCGUGGGCUCGCCAAGCAAUCAUUUGAUGAAAACAUCCUAACGCCGGUUGAUUCAAAGAUCGAUACGUUAGACGAUUUAACUGACGAAGAUAAAGAAAAUCUGAAAGGAUGGGAAGAUCUAUUCAAGGCAAAGUAUAUCGCUUGUGGUGAGUUAAUCGAGAAUUCAGACCGAGCAAAGAAACCCUUGUAAAUGCGAAUCGGAAAGUCGUAUCUGGUCACAGCAGAUAGUUGACGUACCUAAGUAAGGCUUGUAAUUUAUAUUGAUUUGGAAAAACAGUGGGCUAUACAAGAAACCGUCCAGCAGUCGAUGAAUGUAUGUGGAAAUGAAGGUGGCUUGAUUUAAUCAAAUGUUAGCUUAUAUCUUGUAUAGUUGAAGCCUGCGGUUUUUUUGACGAUUUCAAGGAAAUUUGAUACCGCGAUAGAGUAGUAAGAGGACUAACCUGAGAUGUUUGAUCAGCUUGAUCUUGACAAUGAGCAAGACAGAUAUACUAUCCUGC